AGCAGCUUAGCAAACUCUUGUCGAGAGUGACCAGUGUUGUGUUUAACUUCCUAAAGCCCGGCGCGCACUUCAACUACUUUGUUCGAACCGAUCGAAGAAGACACCGCAAGGAUGAAAAUCAUCGUGAGCCUGUUUCUGGUAGCCACCGCCUUGGCGCUUCCACUCCCCGAAAGCGAAGAAAACAAAUCAGGUGUACCUCUAGUCAUCGCCGAUUACUCUUCAGUCGCCAAGUCGGAGGAAAGCCACGCCGCCCACCACCACGACUCCUCCGAAUCUUCCGAAGAAUCCUCCGAGAAACCCAGCGACGAAGUUAAACCCGCACCCACGACCGAAGCCGCCGCCAAGGGCGAAGAAAAACCCGACACGAGCAGCGAGGAAAAAAGCAGCGAAGAAAGCAACGAGAGCAAGCCCCUUCAGGACGAAAACCCCGCUCCUUUGGAACCCUUGGCCACAACCGCCGCCCCCAAAGCCGAAGAACCCGCCAAACUAGAAGAGAAGCGCGAAGAACCCGCCGAAGAUGAGAAGAAAGACGAAAAGAAGGAACUCCCGCAGGAAGAGCUGAUCGUCGAGCCCAAACCCAUCGAGCCCGAAACGAAGAAAAUCGACAUCCCGGAACCCGCUCCGGUGGAGGAGAAGAAAGACGACGUGCCCGCGGUGAAACUCAUCAUGGAGGGUAACUCUGACGUGGUGGACGUGGCUAAGAACACCGCCGCCGUGGCCGAAGAGCCCGCCCCCGUGCCCAAAUCGGAAGUGCCAUCGCCACCCCUCGAGGUCACCACCGAGAAGAUCGAGAAACCCUUGGCCCUGCCCACGGUGACCGCCGACGAGAAGCCCCAGGCCGCCGAGAUCAAGGAAGACGUCGCCUUGCCCAGCGAGCAGAAAGUGGAAGCCGCCCAGAUCGCCGAAGAGAAAUUGAUCGAGGUGAAGGAAGAGAAGGCGCCUGAAGACGAAAAGUUGGAGAAGCCCGUCGAGGAGAAGAAGUUGGACGAGGAGAAAGUCGACGAGAAGAAGGAAAUAAUCGAGGAGAAGAAGGCCAAGGCUGAGACUGACGCGACGGAAGCACCAUCGACGGCAAAGCCGGAAGACGCUCCUAAAAAGGACGAAACGGUUCCAGAGGCGUUACCGGAAAAGCUACCGGAGCCUGCUAGUGCAAGUUCUUGAAUAUAUAAAUUUUUUGACAAAUUGUAUGAAUGACUGACGAGAUCCGCUUGCCCCUUUAUUCUGAUGUCACUUAAAAAAUUUUAGAAUAAUUGGGCCAACCGGAACUCGAUUAAUAUUAUUAAUAAAUUUUUUUAUUUAUGUCUGCUCAAUUUUUAAGAACCGUAUUAUUAUGAAACACCGUAUUCACUCGUGUUUUGUUGUAAAAACCGUGUUGUUUUAUUAUUUUUGUAAUAGCUCAGCCCCUCUAUCAGGUGAAUCGCCCUGAAACAUUCCCGUAUUUUUAAGUAUUUUAUUCUAAUGAUAAAGCUUUCAAUAAAGUUUUAUAAAUAA